AUCAUCAUACUUAAAACGCAAGUAAAUUAAUGACAAUGUAUCUAUGAUUGUAUGGAUAAACCGACAUUUUUCAUAGAUUUUGUAUAGAGAUUAACCUUAUCUUUCCAAUUUAAAAAACCCCAAAAAAAUCCUCACCCUUAAAACCCUUUUCACGAAUUUAAGACCGUUCCUUUAUUAGACACGUAUUCCCCAAAAUUUCCCUAAAAUUUCAAAUCUUUGAUUUCGUUCACAGAAUCAUACCAUAAAUUUAUUCCAAUACCAAUUCAAUUCAAUCUCCCCCGAAUUAUGCUAUUUACUUUAAUUUAAUUUAUAUACCGAAAUUUCACAUUUAGGGUUUCCAUCUGAUUUUUCCGACGUCUUGUAUUAUUAGGGUUUAGAUCUAGCAAAAUUGGAGCUUUAUCUUCAUUGAUUAUUCCAAGAAUUUGAGAAAGGCGUGAUCUUUGAGUGUUGAAUUCAAUUGAAUUUGAGUUUUUAUUGAAGGAGAAGUUACAUGAUUGGGGGAUUGAAGAAGCUAGGGUUAGGGUUUGUUGUUAAUUUGUAUUAGAGAAAAUUGGAGAAUGUGUGAUGGUUUGUCAAAUGGAGGAAUUUAACAAGGUUAAUGGUUGUGGUGAAAAUGGCAGCUCAAGUGAGGGUUUGCCGCCGAAGCCUCUUGCAGCUGCGUAUCGGCAAUGCUUCAGUGCUACUCGAUCUUCGGCGUUGCGGAAGAAGACGCUUUUGCGACACCCUUCUCUUCAGGUGAAAAUGCCAGACAUUCCUGUUGAGCCCCUGAUUGGUGAUUGCGAGUCUGAGUUCCUUCCCAUUGUUCGUUCUGGAGCAUGGACAGAUAUUGGAUUUCGUUCAAACAUGGAGGAUGUGUAUGUAUGUCUUGAUGAUUUUAUGCUUCAUUAUGGGCUUCAGCAUACUGGUGAAGGACCAAAUGCCUUUUAUGGGGUUUUUGAUGGUCAUGGGGGCAAGCAUGCUGCUGAUUUUGCCUGUUGUCAUCUGCCACGGUUCAUUUUCAAGGACACAGAAUUUCCCGGUGAAAUGGAAAGGGUCAUCAGCUCAGCAUUUUUGCAGACUGACAAUGCCUUUGCUGAAGCAUGCACGUUGGAUUCAGGGCUUGCCUCUGGUACAACUGCAUUGGCAGCUCUUGUUGUUGGCAGGUCAUUGGUUGUGGCUAAUGCUGGUGAUUGUCGAGCUGUAUUAUGCCGGAAGGGCAAAGCAGUUGAAAUGUCAAGGGAUCAUAAACCGCACUGCUCUCGGGAGCUGAAACGAAUUGAAGCUUGUGGAGGCUAUGUUGAUGAUGGCUACCUGAACGGCCAACUCAAUGUUGCCCGUGCUCUCGGAGACUGGCAUAUGGAAGGAUUAAAGGGUGGUGAUGGUGGACCCUUAACUGCUGAGCCUGAGCUUAUGACAAUUGAGUUGACUCAAGAGGAUGAGUUCCUUAUCAUAGGAUGUGAUGGAUUGUGGGAUGUUUUUAGAAGCCAGAAUGCUAUUGAUUUUGCACGGCGAAGACUUCAAGAGCACAAUGACCCUGUGAUGUGCAGCAAGGAUCUUGUUGAUGAGGCUUUGAAGAGGAAAAGUGGGGAUAAUCUUUCUGUUGUUGUAGUUUGUUUUCGGCCUGAGCCACCCCCUAACCUGAUUGCUCCAAGGCCUAGGGUCCAAAGGAGCAUUUCCGCUGAAGGGUUGCGAGAAUUGCAGAGCUUUUUGGAUGGUUUGGAAAUUUAGCUAAGAUGGUGACGACGAAUAGUUAGUUCCUUUCAGAUUCAUAUAAUCGUAGCGUCGUAGUUAGUCCUGUUGAGAUCGGAGAAGUCAUCGAGGUGAUUGUCCAACUGUACCAUAUGCGGCAGUAAGUUGACAUUUUCAUUCCUGUUCUAAUCUAGUUUUAUGGCUGAUUUAUAUUUUAGGCAAUGAGUUUAGUAUCUCACCUCGCUGUAAGGUUAUAUUUUUGUAGUUGGUAGUUUGGCAAUGUUGGUUCGCUUUAUGAAGGAUGCUUUACGCUUCAUAAACACGACUUGUAGGGGGAUGGAGCCAUAUUCUUUGAGCUCCCUCAUGAUUCUUAAUAUGAGACUUUCCUCGUACUACAAAUUGUGGUACAAAAUGUUCUAUGGUUUUGUUGCUUAUACAACCUUUAUUAAUCUCAUUAGUUUUGCUGAUGAUA